GCAAUUGAUUCAACUGAAGAAAUGGUACUUUUACCCGGGGAGUAUAUGUUAAAGUCUUUUCAAGAGAAAUACAAGGCGGAUGGUUGCAUCAUUGACAAUGAAGAUAAUGAAGUAUUCAUCCUUGAAAUCUCCGGAAAGCUAAUGCUAAAUGAAAAGUGGAAGUAUGGGUACGACCACGUAAAAUGUACGUUCGGUGCAUUGACGAUCUUCAACUCUGCUUAUAAGAAAUACUUUUUUGCUACGGAGGAAACUGCAACGAAACUCCAAAUUCCUUAUUUGCAUGCAAUGGAGGAUUCGUUACAUUUGUGGGUAUUGGAGCUUUACUCCAAUAAGUUAUAUAUCUCCAACAAAGCAUUUAAAUGUAAAAUUCCUGAAUCAAUGAAAGAUACCAAGAAUAUUCUUGCCAUGGGCAAUUUACUUUGGUGCUUGAAGAUGAAGUUGGAAGGUGCCAACAUUGUUUUGAAGGCAAUGAAAGAAGAGCACGACAGUUAUCAAGUUGGGAGAAUGCUUCGCGGCGAUGACUCUCGCCGUUCAUUGGUUGAGAUGGUAAAUGUUGAUAUCCAAAAGCCUAUAAAGGGCGAAGGAUAUGGUGUUGUUUUACCAGAUGAA